AGUUAGUCCAGACCAGUGAGACCACGAGCAGUAUCGCAGCAAAGACGAAGCAAAUAACUCUCACAAACAACACAUUUGAGAUGGGAGGAUCGUCCAGCACAGCUACGAUAAAAUGCCUGCCACAAGAAAGCCAAACCGACGUAAAAGAACAACUUAAAGAAUCGCUUGCAGAAGUCAGCGAUCAAAAAUGUUUAGUGACUCAAAAUGUCGUGGAACAAAUGCAGUUGCAUCAAAAUGCGGUGAUUAUGACAUAUCAUGAGCUGACAGACAAAAACAAAAUCGUCGAAGAUAUUCGUGGGGUAGUCAAGGGCGAAAAUGCUGUAAAAUUUCUUUCGUCACACGCCGAGAAGAUGAUCGAUGUGUUUCAAAACAGCAAAGCGAUGAAGGAAUUACAACGCUGGAAUCAGACGAAAAAGAUUAGGGUAGUUGGCAACAAGGUUGUUGGUCAGGAGCUACAUUACAAAAUCAUUAUCUUGGAUAAACAAGUGGGUGUCAUGUCACAUCUUGGUCGUGGAACAAAAGAAACCAUGGUCAUUCUUGCUUAUAAAUACAUCGAACAUGCGCUUUCUACAGAUCCUUCUGCUCUGCCAGACGAAGAAAAAUUAAAGGCUCUGAGUUUUUAAAUUACUGAAAGUCAACGCGAACGUUUUUUUUCAAUAUUAUACGAUCGAAACUAUUAAAAUGACGGUUGUGGUUUUUGUGCUCAUAGCCAUGGAAAUUCAGUAAUACUUUUAAAAUAAUGUUAAUUCAAAGGCAAAUAAAAUUUGAUACUGUU